UUUUAGUUGACGUAAUGAAGCUGCUGCUCUUUUGUAUUCUCUCUACAAGUCUGGUGUGUUCAAGAGUAAAAGCUACUCUUCAGAGAGAUGUCAUUACAUACAUGAACGUGUUUCGGCAUUUGCACGCGGCUGGACCACUGUUGGUUGAUGACGUCCUCCAGAAAAACGCACAAAAUGCGGCCAUGUUGUUCAUGAAAGCCAAAAGCAAAGAUAAUGUUCCAAUUUACAGAUACAGUGCCAACUUCUGCAAAUAUAAGGGAUCUGUUGUUGAUUUGGAUAAAACCUGUGUUACAUCAUGGUACGUAUCGAUGAAGUAUUAUGUCUGGUGUUAUCCAAAAGCUGAGGGACAAGCUCUCCCGUUUGUAAACAUGAUCUGGAAAUCUAGCACUAAAGCAGGAGUCGGGAUAGCAAAGGACACAGAUGGAACAUAUUACGUGGUCGUGUAUAUUGCGCUUCAAGAUGAAAAUAAUCUGUUGAGGAACGUGCCGCCAGUAAAAACUGUCAUGGAGGCAAGCCCAAAAGCAAAAUGCCCUGCAGGUUACUCAAGAUAUGAAACGUCUUGUUUCAAAUAUGAGACGACUGCGGUAACAUGGGACGAGGCAGUGACUCGCUGCGCAAGAGAAAAUGCGACUUUGGCCUCUAUCAGAAAUGCUAAAGAAGAAGAAUUUGUAAGGGGGCUGCAAAAGAAAACUGGGUCAGGAGUGGAGACUUGGAUUGGUUUGCACGAUAGUCUGCAUGAAGGUAGCUUCAAAUGGUUUGACGGACUGAAGUUCAAAAGUCACGUAUGUGUUCCGGUAAAUGCCAAUGGCGGAAACUUAGAAAAUUGCGUGGCAUGGAGCAUUAACAAACCCAAAGGAUGCUGGGACGAUAGACCAUGCAACGAAAAGAGACCAUUUACCUGUAGGAUCCCUGUUGAAGGCAAAUCAACUUACAGGACUGAGGUUUUGUUCAAGAAAUUUCGUUGGAGAGCAAACUAUAAAGAUAAGAAUUCAAAGGCCUACAGAGAUCUGGUGAACGGUAUCAGAAUAACGUUUAAAGAGAUCUUCACACGGAUGUCAGGAAAGAAGAAAGGUGGCUUCAGAACAGUUAAAGUCAAAGGUGUCAGGGCAGUAUCUUUCAAAGGAAGACCUGCAGGCUUAGGAAUUACGGUGUCAAUCAAAUUCAGAUCCUUCACCCCAGACCCCACUCUCCGGUUUCAGAAAUUUCUGCGUCCGUCAGAGAAACUUCUUAGUAUGACUAUUGACAGACCAGACAAAGUGGAAGGACAUACAGGCAAAGCAGGAGGCUAUUGUUAUGGCUCGUGUAAUAACCAUGGUAGGUGCACUGCCUCCCUCCAUCCUAAUAGUUAUCAGCUUGGGCUCCCUGCACCUGCAUAUACUGUCUACUACCCCGGCGUGCAGAGGGUGACGGGUACCAGUGAUCCAUACCCUGCCAGCUGUCCAAUGACAUGCAGUCAGUAUCCAACACUAGACUGCUAUAUGCAGUGCAACGACGAAUGUUGCGACAGCAGGGAAGGCAAAAGAAAUUGGAAGGCAAAAGCCAUCGAAGAUCUGAUGAGGGAGCGAUUUAAAACUCAGAAUCAGUUUACUGAUGAUGAAAGAAAUCAGACAAAGUUUGAAUCUAAUGAUUCAGAGGACAAAGAUGUAGAUUUGCAGCCAAACAGUACUGAGUCACAUGAUAAAGUGAACGAUUCAAAAAAUAUUAUUGAAGAUCUUAAGAAAAAGAUAAAACGUCUCCAAAGGCGUUUGAAGAAAAAGCAUCAACCGGAAAAAGUCGACUAUUUCGACGACAUUAAUGAUUCUCCGAAACCAGAAGUUGAUCAUGUUAUCAAUCCUCCCAACAAAACGGAGCAGUCGCGUGAUGAUGAUGAGGAAAAGCAACUAGACGCAAUUGCACAUGAUCUUACUGAUGAUGUCCAUGACCCAAGAGAUGUGCCUGAAGGCAACAUGCACAAUAAGCCCGAGCUAACCAAGACAAACAUUACAAAAAAGGAAAUCACACACAAUCCAGAAGAGAGCUUUGGCCAAAAGGAAAAGUACACGAGCAGUCUACCGGAUGACGAUGACAAUGAAGAGAUCAGCCUUGACAAUCAAAGAGUAAAGAUUGGCUUUCAAGGGGACAGCAUAAGCAAUCAGAAUGAUAGCAUUGAAAAAAAAGGAAUCAGCACCGAAAAUCAUGACAGGAAAAGUACCUUUAGAACAAUUGAUAAAACAUCAAAUCUCAAAUAUCAAAACGAUUACAUGGUCAAAGAAAGACAAAAUACCAUGAAAACAGUCCAACACGCAAAUAUCUCAGUUAAAGAAGAACUUAUCAAUAAAGAGAAGACAGCGAAGCUACACGACCCCAUUAACGUUUACGAACCUGGAAAUACAAUGACUGAGGAGAGCAUCGAUGAGGAAGGAGAAGGUGAUAGUUCUGAAAGUGAACUACCGGGUGAACAAGGACUUUUUAGUUUACAAGAUUCUGCUUUGGACCCAACUGAGGAAAUAUUGGAUGAGGAAGGAAUUGAUGAUGUUGGUAAAUUUGGCAGAAAGAGAAACCUUAUUCACAAGAAAAAGUCGAGCUACACUGGUAAAUAAAACUCAUCAUCAUCAAAAACAACAAAAGCAGCUUUGUUGGUACUUCAUUCUUAUUUUAAACAUUUAACCCUACGGAAAUCUCCUCAGCAAUAACUAACAAUCUUCUUAUAGGACACAUUUUGCACCUUUUUAAAGUGAUUGAAAAUACAACUAGAACCAUGUUUACUCAGACAUUUGAAAGGAACUCAAAGUUAUUCUUUAAUUCCAACCAGUGCGACAAUACCGUAGAAGCGAUUAUUUAGUUUUCGGUAGCCUUGUUUAAAAGUUACAUUUUACGCUUUAGCUCAACAUAUUAUUAUUGAAUACAUCGUACAUCAUUUCAGAAAAUGAUAAAUUGCACAAAGAUCGAUCGCAAACAUUUACAGAGCCAGUGAAGUGGAGCACCUUUUCCAAACACAACUUUCCGCAAUGUUAGCCAUUUUUAGUUUGAAAGAAAGUUGAUUUUCAAAAGAGAAUUGAGCUCAAAGAAAACGGCUCCGUUAAUUGCAUGGAGAGAUUUAGAAGUCGACCAAGUAAACAAUUAGCCAUGUUACGUUUACCUCAGCUGUCACAGCUGUUUAUAGCAUUAAAAUUUUGUUUUGUAUCUGACUGCGUUGGAAUGUGAAUCUCAUCCUAAGGGAAUUGACAUCUUCCAGACUGAAACCUAGGUUAGGGUUAGGCCUCUUACGUUUCUGAACUCUGUUGGGUCUUGUACUGUCAUAAAACAGCAUACCAAGUUAGCCGUUAGGCGUAAGAAUUUACGAAUUUUGAUCAUAGUUCGUAAAAAAUGUUAACGGUAAUGAUUUUCACAAAACAAUGGGAAGAAAGUAACCGUUAGUCGUAAAGUAGGCAAAAUUUUAACCGUAAGUCGUACAAGCCAUUACCCCACCGAGACCCUCAUUUAAUGGCAUCUAAUCGACAAAUUUCACGGAAACUUACUUUCGCUGCAAGCAUGACAUCAUGAGUCUCGUCAACGUCUUCAUCUUUUCUUUACGUGGUCACGUGCCCAAUGAGUAAAUGUCGAGAUUUCAAAUCUCCUAAGUGGUUUCUCACCAUAAGAGAAAUCCGCACAAUUACUUUUUUCCGAUGAGCAUCUUCUCCAUGAUUGAGUAAGUUUUCAUGUUUAUAUAACGCCAUAGAUAAAUCGAUCUUGUCUUGAUCACGACGUUUUGACUGCUAUAUUGCUAGUGUUCGUCAAGCGAACGUCGAAAGUUUACGUGUCGCUGUUUACAUGGUUUGUUGUUAUUGGCGCAUUAUGGCGCGCUUUCCGCUUUGUAACUGAUCAGCUCAGUAGCACUAUUUGAUGGUAGGCAUCCAUGCUUUAAGAAUUUCGAUUCCGCUAUCUCUAUUGAUGUUAUUAGGAUGAAGUCCUGUGUGGAUAGCUUCUUUAACCCUUCGCGUGACCAGUGAGAGUUCGUGAUCAAAAAACUUAACCUGAACCCAGACAGGAAUUCGAACUUGUGCUGUUUCAAUUUCGUGGUCUGAAACUUCUGAAUUCUGACUACAAGCAAGCCGUAUAUCUCUUUCAUGUUCUUUA